UAGAUUUCAAAUUCUCAAUUUGGAAGAAAUGCGUCGCAAUGGGAAACGUGUCUACGCACUGGAAGAUAACUCGCGAUGGAGAAUGCGUAACAAUAAACUAGUUGCUUGGCUUGGUUGCUUUCUUCUAUCUUGUUAUUGUUUAGGUUUCGGUGUGGCAACUUCUCUUUAUCCCGGUAUCUAUUUCCUUCGACAAAACGAUACUGGUGCAGACUAUGAAAUCACUUUUGUAUCGAAUAAUAUUACGCAAGUUAAUGUUCUACUAAGCGACUGUAUACGAGAUAUUGACUUGGAGUAUUUGUUUGUGACGUCUCACAACCGUACCAUUGGAGACUACAGCUUCUCAGCUACCUCGACGAAUAAGUCCGUCUUCAAUCCAAGCAAAGAUUUAUCUACCAAUGUAGUAAGCGUUACAAAGCUAAGCGAUAGGUACAUCUACAACAUAAGUAUAUCUCUAGCAUUUGAAAGGCUUGUCGGACUCGCCAACUUGGAGUUGACAUAUACUGCAAAGAACAACACGAGCAAUACAACAACUGCUGCUAUCAAUAUCGCAGUUGCUGGAAUCUCCUUUACGACUUUGUCGAACGAGAUUAUUUGUGGUCCACAAAAGCCUCUAAUAUUGAACGGUUCUCAGUUGGUCAAUAACAAUCAGGUUGUUCUGUUAGCCACAAUUCAGUAUGUUAGUGGCAUCCAAGCUUCGUUUACUAGUCUUGAUAAUAUCCAGUUGACUAUCUUUUCUGCAACUAAUAAUUUUGUGAAAUACAGCUCUUCUUGUCAAGCACCUAUAGUACAAAUGUUAAGUAAUGGCAGUUUUUCAGUUCCUUCCUCUUGUGCUAUGGGAUUCACAUCGAAUGGAGUUUAUUUCGUAAUGGAAAUACAAAAGAUUGCGAACGGAAGUUUUGGAAUUGAUCUUCAAUGGACUCAUUUCGAUGUUGGAGACUCUAGUGAGUUUGAUACCACAAUCUACGUCGAUAUCGUAUAUCAUGUCACACCUACACCAACACCAUUUACUGGACAUACUUUGGCCGAGAAAGAAAGUGUUAUCGCUGGAGGUGCAAUUGCAGCUGUGGCAGUUGGCACAACAGUUGCUGCCUUUGUUGCGUCUUUGGUUAUCAGCAAGUUAGUUACAGGAAGUUCCAUAUUAUCAGGCUUCGGUAGUGGUGGUGGGGGAGGGGCAGGUUCAAUACAAAGUACUUAUGUAGAAAGAGAUAUUUAUGGAAGAGGUUCCGCAUUUCAAUAAUGACAUCAUCAAGUAUUUUUUAAUACUU